AUGGCCCUGAUGCUCAUGGACGCACGCCAGGCCCGCAUGGUCACAAUCCGCGCGCGCCGCGAGCGCUGCCGCGACGCGCUGCGGUCCGGCGCGCACAGCCCGGGGGAGGAGGCGCGGCUGGUGCGGGAGAUGGCGGGCAUCAACGUGGUCGAUGUGGUGACGUACACCGUGUUCUGCCUCGUCCUCUACGACUCACUGCUGACGGCAGAACAGGCGGUCGGCCACGUGCUGACAGUCAUCAGGCAGGAACGCGGCGCAGAGGAGGAGAAAAAGCGGCCCAUUCCUGAGCAGCAGCGGCAGCAGCAGGAGCAGCAGCAGCAGCAGCAGCAGCAGGAGGAGGAGGAGCAGCAGCAGAAGCAGCAGCAGCAACAGCCACAGCAGCCGCAGGGCACUGCGCUUGAGCAGGGGUAG